AUGAGCUUACAUGGACUCGGAGUGAUUGGGGCCCAGGUGGCCGCAUCAAUCAAGAGUCACGACGAAAAGCCUACCUCACCUCGUAUCAAUUCGGGUCGGUGUUCUAUCGUCUCAUCACCUACCAUUUCUAUCACCGAGAGAGGCCACCAGGAGUUUGAUCCCUCAAUCGGUGCUAAGCCUUGCUCACCUUUCUAUCGCCAUGGGAGUCCCACUAUAUCCUACGAACAACUCACCUUUGAGAGUAAACACAACAACAACUAUCGAAGUCACCUGCGGGAUCUUGAGAACGCUGGUCCGUACUUGGCCGCCCGUACCGACAGUCCCCGCCGCUCCAAGCUAUGGGAAGAGGAAAACAAGCCUCAGACAUGGCUGCAAUCCUUGAGCCACAAACAAAAGAUGGCACUCAAAGCAGUGAUUGCGGUGGUGACCGUUGGAACUAUGAUUGCAAUUGCGUUGGGAAUCACCGCUGCUGUGGGAGGAGCCGCAUGGAAAUCCAGUGCCGAGAAGACCGCCAUGGGAGAGUAG